UGGUGCCUCCUGUGUUCUUCAUUCUGUGGGUUAGCGAUGGCCAGACUGAGAGAGGCAGACCGAGCUCAGCAGCAGCAGCAACAACAGCAGCAGCAGCAGCAGCUUCAGCUCCAGCAACAGCAGCAGCAGCAACAGCAGCCGCCCCCCAGCCACCAGCUCAAGCCCAUGAACGGAGCUGAUCUCCAACACGGCCAGAUGAAGGACCACGACGCCAUUAAGCUGUUCAUCGGGCAGAUCCCUCGGAACCUGGAGGAGAAUGAUCUGAAGCCCCUCUUUGAAGAAUUCGGGAAGAUAUACGAGUUAACUGUGCUGAAGGACCGAUUCACAGGCAUGCACAAAGGCUGUGCCUUCCUUACCUACUGUGCAAGAGAAUCAGCUAUCAAGGCACAGAAUGCAUUACAUGAGCAGAAGACACUGCCUGGGAUGAAUCGACCCAUUCAGGUGAAGCCUGCGGACAGCGAGAGUCGUGGAGAAGACAGAAAAUUAUUUGUGGGCAUGUUAAACAAGCAGCAAACAGAGGACGAUGUGUACAGACUCUUUGAAUCUUUCGGCGUUAUAGAGGAAUGCACAGUUCUACGAGGACCGGAUGGGAACAGCAAAGGUUGCGCAUUUGUGAAGUUCUCCACACACACUGAAGCCCAGGCAGCCAUUAACGCACUACACGGCAGUCAAACAAUGGCGGGCGCGUCCUCCAGCCUCGUGGUGAAGUUUGCCGACACAGACAAAGAACGCACACUGCGCCGCAUGCAGCACAUGGUGGGCCAGUUCGGAAUGUUCAACCCUAUACCCCUGCACUUCAACAACACCUACAGCUCCUACGCACACGCGUCUCCUUCGCUCCAUGGACAACAGUCCCAGCUUCUCCAGCCUAAGCUUGAAGUUAACAUCCCUCACCCUGGAACCAUUCUUGUAGGUUCACAGCCUUCCUCAAGUGAUGACUACAAUUGGACAUUCCCUGCGUUUUAUCCACUGAUGCAGCAACAAGCAGCGAUCAUGGCAGCCACCACACAUACCGGGUACCUAAACCCCACCGCUGCUUUCCCCACGGCACAGAUGCACCACAUGGCAGCCAUCAACCUGAACGGGCUGGCAGCAGCCCCCCUCACGCCAACAUCAGGGUUGUCCUCUCCUCCGGGAAUCGCAGCUCCCACCGUUCCCAGCAUUGUGUCUCCGAUCGGGGUGAACGGCUACACCGGGCUCUCUGCCCAGCACAACGGGCACCCUGCCGUCGAGGCUGUCUACACCAAUGGAAUUCACCCAUACCCAGCUCAAAGUCCUUCUGCAGCUGACGCCUUGCAGCAGGCUUUCACAGGGGUCCAGCAGUACACAGCCAUGUACCCAACAGCGAUCGCCCAGAUCAGUCAAGCAUUUCCUCAGCCACCGCCUGUCGUAACACAACAAAGAGAAGGACCGGAAGGCUGCAACCUUUUCAUUUACCACCUCCCACAGGAGUUUGGAGACAGUGAGCUCAUGCAGAUGUUUCUGCCGUUCGGGUCCGUGAUCUCGUCGAAGGUUUUCAUGGACCGUGCCACUAAUCAGAGCAAAUGCUUUGGUUUUGUGAGUUUUGAUAACCCCACGAGUGCCCAGGCUGCUAUCCAGGCCAUGAAUGGUUUCCAGAUUGGCAUGAAGAGGUUAAAAGUCCAACUAAAGAGACCAAAGGAUACCAGUCGCCCAUACUGACCGGCUGUGAUUCAGGGCAUGAAUUUCUGAUUUUCUAGGGCAGAGACGGAGAGGAAUAAGAGCAAGUACCUCUUGAGACGGCUGUUUCUGAGAUACCGAGGGCGGAGAGGGAGAGAUAAUGGGGACGCAAACUUCGAGGAAACAUUUUAAGGAACCCUGAAAAUGUGAAAAUUCAUCGCAGCUACUCUGGAAGGCUCAAUCGAUCUUACAAAUAGCAACAACACACACAUGGUGAAGAUGUGAUGUAAUUCGACGUAGGGAAGGGCAGCUGUCUUAAAGGUUGCAGGGGAAGCUGCUAUGGCGCAGUAGUUGUGUCAUCAAGCACCCAGCCAGGUCUCCUAGGCGACGGUUGCCAUGGCUGCGGGUUCUUGUGGUUGUGUGUGUGCGUGUGUGUGUGUGUGUGUGUGUGUGUGCGCGCGUGUGUGAGCGCGCGAGUGCAUGAGCAGUGUGAGUAUAAGUGUGCGUGCGACCCGUGUGAAUCCACGUGAUUGAAAUGGUACCGUGGAACGUAAUGAGACUUUAGCUCUUAGAUAUUCAGGGACCAAAUGGACCAAACAGAUUUUUUUUUUAAUUUAUUAUCGGGGCCUGUAUAUGUGAUAUACAAAUUCAGCUUUCCUUAUCUUAUCUUGAGAGUUGAAACCUGGGGGGGGGGGGGGGGGGGGGGGGGAGGGGGGGAGGGGAAAUAAGAGCUAAACUGUUUUAAACGGAAAAAAAAAAAUCAAUGCUUCAGUGAUCUUAGAAUAGUAUUAUAUACUUGGAAAUUUAAACAAGGAGCAAAAUAUAG